AUGGGUGUUCGAGGUUCACGCAUUGGCGUAGGCCUGGGUGUACCAGCACCAGUCCUGCCAUCAUUAAUGAGAUUGCCCGAACGAUCCAGAAGGCCGACAUUCAUUCGCAAGACGUGCACCUUCUUGAAUUGUGAAUGCAACUCCAUUAGUACUUCUUUCGCGGUCGCAUCACAAAUUAUGCCCGUUAGCCCUUUCAGUGUACCAGCAAUGAUACGAGCGCUCUUUCCUAUAAGGGACCUAUCCACUUACCACCACCACCACGACGAUUUCCAAAGCUGCCUCGGCCACCUCGACGACUUCCGGCAAGAUGUUGAAUGGCCGGUCGACCUCCAGAAGAAGCUGAAGCACCAUCGCUGUUUUUCUCACUGUUCGUGUUGCCACCUCCAACGAGUGCCACCUGUUUCGAUUUUGCAACCAUCAUACCAGAGUUCUCUGGGUAGGUGCGGCAGUACACAAAUACCCAGCUGCGGUAGAUGUAGCGAAUCUCACCCACUAUACCGGUGUAGGGCUUGUCCAAGAAACGCACUGUAUCCUUCACCUAUUCAUAGGAAGUGA